ACAUCUGAUAUUGUCAACGGGAGAAUAGUGUUGUUGAUGUCGAAUAUUUGAAUUUUCUAUUUUAUAACCUCUAUGUUAUAAUUGUUAUGAAAGAGAUCAUAACAUUUUAGUUUACAUAUAUAUAUUAUGCCAUAGUUUUAAUCGAUACAAUAUGUUCUUCCGUUCUUUUACAAUGUGGAAAACUGCCGUAAGAUUGACACCUGCUUUUUCGGUACCUAUCUUCACGGCUCAAAGGAAUCAACAUGAUCAAGUUCUUGUCAAUAGUGCUGAUUCAAUUAAACCGAAAACUGGUUGGGAGAGAGUAAAACAAAUGUAUUCGCGAUCUGAAUAUGAAGAGAUUUCAGUAGAAUUGAACACGGUACUGCAGUCAGCACUCAGUGGAGCCUUCGUCGGAGGCUGUUUGGGAGGGUUUGUUAGCUCCCGGGUAGCCUACUUAGAUUUCAUAGAAAACAACCAAGCUACGAUAUUCAAAUCAACAGCUAAUGCAAAGAAAAGAUUACAAGACUAUGUGACCGUUGCCUUUGCGAGAGGUGCUUACAAAUGGGGCUGGAGAUUGUGUUUCUUUACUGGAUUAUUUAGUUUAACUGCCACAACAGUCUCAGUGUAUCGAGGAGAUACCUCACUAAUAGAGUACAUAUCUGCAGGAGCUCUUACGGGAGCUUUAUACAAGAUUAAUUUAGGAUUGCCCGCAGUGUUUGUUGGUGCAGCUUUAGGAACGGUACUAAGCACAGCAGCAGGACUAGCAAUCAUAGGACUAUUAAAAGUCACUGGCUUAAGCAUGGCCGAUAUUAGAAAAGCUUUAUACAGUGUAAAAGUAGCAAGGGAAGACCAGUACAACCAAGUGUUAGAGAAGGCAGCAACCAUUAAGAAUGAUGAACUGACUCAACAUCAUAAAGAUUUAAUCGCUGAGACUGGAGAAAUCUCGAUAGACGACAUAGAAUAAUUACAAGCCAAUAGCUGACCCCUGAUGUUCUAAAUAGGUACUUAAAAUAAAGAUCAUUAUGUCAACCAUUCUUUAAAUAUGUACCUUAAUGGUUAAAAAGUUGACUAUGAAAUCUGAUUAAAGAUUCGAAAAUGUGAUUUUUUA